AUGCAUCUGCGCUGUAUCUCGUUGUUGACGGCUGCGGCUGGCUUGGCUUUGCAGCCUGCUGGUGCUGUGCCCCACUCUCCUAGGGACCAGGAUGCUGGUACUUGCAAGAAGACCACAGUUGCUAUCUUAGGAGGUGGAAUUGCUGGGAUUGCUGCAGCACAAGCAUUGGCCAAUGCCUCGGUGCAUGACUUUGCUAUUCUCGAAUACCGCGACACCAUUGGUGGUCGUGCCUGGCAUAAGCCAUUUGGCAAGGACAAGGAUGGAAAGCCUUAUAUCAUUGAGAUGGGUGCCAAUUGGGUCCAAGGCCUUGGGAACCCCGGUGGUCCUCAGAAUCCUAUAUGGAGCUUGGCCCAAAAAUAUCAGCUGAAGACCCAGUACUCUGACUAUGACAAUAUCUCGACUUAUAAUGAGCAUGGCUACAAAGACUACAGCCAUCUGUUGAGCGAGUACGAUGAUGCUUAUGAUAUUGCCAACGCAAAGGCUGGAGAGAUUCUUCUCAACAAUCUGCAAGACCAGAGUGCCCAAUCUGGUCUUGCACUGGCUGGAUGGAACCCCAAGAAGCACGACAUGGAGGCCCAGGCUGUCGAUUGGUGGAAAUGGGAUUUCGAGGACAACUUUACGCCCUUAGAAAGCUCCCUCGUUUAUGGCUGUGCUGGCGACAACCUGACCGUGAACGGAUUCAGUGAUCAUGAUAACUUUGUCCUUGAUCAACGAGGCUUCAACACAAUCAUCAAAGGCAUGGCGUCCGAAUUUAUGAAAGAAAAUGACCCACGCCUACACCUCAACACAGAGGUCACCGAGAUUCAGUACAGCAAAGACGGUGUCACUAUUCACAACAAGGAUGGAAGCUGUGUCAGCGCGGCAUAUGCCAUCUGCACCUUCUCCCUAGGCGUCCUGCAAAACGACGCAGUUAAAUUUACCCCCUCCUUGCCCGAAUGGAAACAAACCGCGAUCCAGAAAUUUACCAUGGGAACUUACACCAAGAUCUUCAUGCAAUUUAACGAAACCUUCUGGCCCAAGAACACUCAGUACUUCCUCUACGCCGAUCCCGCCAUGCGUGGCUGGUAUCCCGUCUUCCAAUCCCUUUCAAUGCCCGAGUUCUUCCCCGACAGUAACAUCCUCUUCGUGACUGUCACAAAUGAGCUCGCCUGGCGUGCAGAGCGACAAUCAGACGAAGAGACAAAGCAAGAAAUCAUGGCCGUUCUCCGGAAAAUGUUCCCAGACCAGCAAAUCCCCGAGCCAACGGCUUUUCUGUAUCCACGCUGGAGCACCGAACCUUGGUCGUACGGCAGCUACUCGAACUGGCCACCGGCAACAACCCUCGAGAUGCAUGAGAACCUACGUGCUAAUGCAGGCCGGCUCUGGUUCGCUGGUGAAGCGACUAGUCCCACGUACUUUGGUUUCCUUCACGGGGCGUGGUUCGAGGGCCGUGAUGCUGGGCAGAAUAUUGCUGCUAUUAUGCAGAACCGUUGCGUCAAUGUGGAGUCGGAUAAGCUCCGCGAGUGUGGUCCCCGGAAACACUGGGAGACUUUGCAUGGAACCACACCCUUGGCUGAUUAUAGUGCGCUGACGGGAUGGAUGGCGGAUAGUUUCCUCAACACCAACAGCGAGUAG